UCCUGUAUAUUAUUUUAGCAAACAGAAAAAUGGCAAUAAGAUUUUCCUCUCGCUCAAGCUAAACAUCUAAAUAAAAAAGGCGAGAGAGAGAAAGCGAAGAAAAACAGUAGAUAGAAGUGUUAAUCAUCAGAAUCAAUGGAAGGCCAAGAAGAAAAGCAAGAGAAAUCUUUAGUGUUAUCUAACAAACUCUUUCACUUAACUCAUCCGGAUGUUUCAGAUAUCGAUAGAAUUCGACUCCGUGAAGAAGUUUUAGAUGCCGUCAAAUCAGAUGAUAUGGCUCCACUUUAUGAAUCCCUAGUUGCAGACAAUGUACUAGAGAUGGAUCCAAAGCUUCUCGAGUCGAUGCGUGCUAAGAAUGCUGAAGAACUAAAGAAAAUUGAUGAAAAAGUUGCUGAUGCUGAAGAGAACUUAGGUGAAAGCGAAGUUAGAGAAGCUCAUUUAGCUAAAUCCUUAUUCUUUAUUCGAAUUAGUGACAAGGAAAAAGCAUUGGAGCAGCUUAAGGUGACUGAAAGCAAAACAGUUGCCGUGGGACAAAAGAUGGAUUUGGUUUUUUAUACACUGCAGAUGGGUUUUUUCAACAUGGAUUUUGAUCUCAUCUCCAAAAGUAUUGAUAAAGCUAAGAAUUUGUUUGAUGAGGGAGGUGAUUGGGAGAGGAAGAAUCGGUUGAAGGUGUAUGAAGGCUUGUUUUGCAUGUCGACGAGGAACUUUAAGAAAGCUGCUGAUCUGUUCCUUGACUCCAUCUCUACCUUCACAACUUAUGAGCUUUUAUCCUAUGACACCUUCAUCUUUUACACUGUCCUUACUAGCAUUAUAUCACUAGACAGAGUUUCACUGAAACAGAAGGUGGUUGAUGCACCAGAAAUACUAACUGUGCUAGGGAAGAUUCCACAUCUCUCAGAAUUUAUGAACUCUCUGUAUGAUUGCCAGUACAAGUCGUUCUUCAUAGCAUUUGCUGGCUUAACGGAGCAAAUCAAAUUGGAUCGCUAUCUGCACCCCCAUUUUCGGUAUUACAUGAGGGAAGUCCGAACUGUUGUCUACUCUCAGUUUUUGGAAUCUUACAAGAGUGUAACAAUGGAAGCAAUGGCAACUGCUUUUGGAGUGACAGUUGAAUUCAUUGAUUUGGAACUUUCUCGGUUUAUUGCAGCAGGGAAAUUACACUGCAAGAUAGACAAAGUUGCUGGAGUUCUAGAAACAAACAGACCCGAUGCAAAGAAUGCACUCUACCAAGCAACCAUCAAGCAAGGAGACUUCUUGCUGAACAGGAUCCAGAAGUUGUCUCGUGUGAUUGAUCUGUGAGAGAUGAACCCAGUUACCCUGGCAAAUAUUGUUUCUGGAAACAAGCACACAACCUAUUCAUGACGGGAAGUAAUCAAUGCAACGAGAUACUUCAGGAUCUAAAAGAUGCACCAAGUGGUCAAUCUCUUUAGACACUCUGAGGUGUGCUCUUUCUUUUAUCAAGAAUGUGCGUGUUUGUUUCAUUACUUUCUAUCCAGUUAGUAUACGGUGAAGUAGAAAGAGAACUCAGUCUCCCCUUCUGGGGGAAGGUUUAAGUUGAUAUUACUUUCAUAUCAUCCUUGUGUUCAAUUACUGCGAGCUUUUCUUGGCAGUAAAGAUUUUUUUGGUUUUCUUGACAGUGCUGUUUUUUUUUUA